UGGAGUGUUGUUUAUUUUCAUAUUUAAAUGCUUUGAUCAUAAAAAAUUUCGGCUAUAAUGAGUGUAAUGGCAGUAGAUUAUUUAAACAAACCAGACAAACGGAAAAAGAAAACAUCACUUUUUCAAUAUAAACAGUACUUGAAGGCAUUGGAAGAGGAUGAAAUAUUUCGGACUGGAUUUAUUCCUCCAGGUCGUGAUGCUAAUUAUUUAUCUUUAAAAUGGAAAGAAUUAGCUGACAAACUGAAUGAAGACGAUAAAGGUCCAAAAUUAUCAGCUGAAGAAUGGAAGAAAAGAUUAAUGGAUUGGAAGCAUACUACUAGAGCAAAAGAAAGACGUAUCAAUGAAGGAAAUACACAUUUGCGUAUGACUCCUUUGGAAGUUAGAUUUAUGGAAUUAUGGGGUUGCGUACCUACGAUUAUAAACAUUUCGUCCAUAAAAACAGAUAGCAAACCUUCAGACAUAAAGAUUGAAAAAAGCAAUGAAACUGAAAAGAUAUUUGAGGAAGCAUUGGAAGAGCCUGAAACUAAACAGGAUAUAGCAACAAUUACAGCGCAUGAACUUCAACUACUCUCGUCCGCAUCGCAGUCGCAGUUGCAAUCUGUUCCUCCUUCUCAUGAAAUCAAAGUCGUUGAGCAAAUCCAGAUAACUGCUCCAGAAAAAAAGCCUCAAGUUUCGAAUGAUUCAAUAAAUUUAGAACAAACAACGACACAUGCAACUAGUGUAGCAGAAAAGAAAAACGAAAACAAUAGAUCUUCACCACCGCCACUUAAACGCGUGAGAAUGGGCAAUAUUUCUCAAGCUCACAUAACGCAAAUACCAAUAUCAAUUGCAAAUGGUAAUGAUUUCAAUGAAACAAAUAAUUUGACAUCUAAUGCAAAUACAGCAAUGACCGUUACAAGUACAACAAUACCAGCUCAAAUCAGUACGACUAGAGAAAAUUUACAAAUAUUGACCCAAACUUUAACAGCCCCACAAGCAAAUAAUUUACAUAAUACACCAGAAAUAGGUAAGUUUUCUUAUACAAUUAAUACUUUACCACAAGAAAAUGACUCUAUUCCAGUUAUAGAUGUUCAGAACAUCGCAUCACAAAUAAAGCGUUUAGCUGAUAUAAAAGAACAAAAAUUGAGAUUUGAGAUAGAAAAAUUUAAAUUUAAGAACCCAGGUUUCCAAUACAAUUUUUAAAAUAAUAUUUUAUUUAAUAUUAGGACUUUUAAUUGU